AUUCCGUGACAUUAGGUAUGGAGGUUGUUGGAUAGAUUUGUACUCCCUCGCUGAGGUUCCUUGCUUUUCCGAGGCAGAGAUAAAUCAAUCCUGCAGUAGUAGUAGUUCUCAUUCCCAUCGGUCAAGCUUCUUUCUUUCUUACCCUACUCCGAAAAAUGGUGAAAUCUCCCACAAAUCUUCCCUCUUCCCUUGAGUUCUUCAAAGUUUUCCUCUCCGGCAUCAGCUCUCAGCAACUGAGCUUACCUCCGGCUUUUGUCAUGCAAUUGAAUGGAUUUGCACUGAAAAAUGCUACUCUAAAAGAUCAUACUGGAAUGAUGUGGAAUGUCCAAUUAGAAAAGACUGAAAACGACUUGAUUAUUAAAAAAGGUUGGCAAGAAUUUGCAAGUCAUCACUCUUUAGUUGAUGCAGAUUUUCUAGUUUUCAAGUAUGAUGGGAAUUCUCAAUUUUCCGUCAAAUUAUAUGGUAAAAAUGGGUUGAAGAAGGAAAACACUCUUCCUAGUAAAGUGUCCAGCACUCAUAUGGAUGAAUCAGAAACAGAAGAAGAGAAGAAUAGGAGCCCCUCUACUGGUGGCUGCAAGCUGAAGUACUCAGAAAUGACAUCCAAAGAAAAUGGAAGACAAGGUCGAUAUGGAGGAAGUAGCAAAGCUGCAGGUUCAUCUGGAAGACGUCAAUACAAGUUCAGACAGGCUGCAGGUUCAUCUAGAGAAAGAAGAAGAGAAUUAAGACAGAAUACAGUUGCAAAAAAUGAGAAAUGCAAGUUGGGUAGAGCUUAUGUUACCCCAGAAAAUCCACAUUUUGUGACAAUUAUGACUCGGUCAACACAAUACACUGUGCAUAUUCACAAGUCAGUGGUGAAAGCACACAACAUUAAGUUGCAGGAAAAGGUGACACUUCGUGAUGAGAAUGGUCAGUUAUGGCCUGUGAAAAUCAUUUUCAGAGAUGAUGGUCGGAUUGGUAUUUCUGAAGGCUGGUUUAAUUUCCGUGUGAAGCACAAAUUGGCAAUCAAGGACAUGUGUGUUUUUGAGUUUAUGCCCAGAGAAGAUAACAUUUGCAAUCUAAUUCAAGUGCAUACUGUUCAAAGAAAUGGUGAAUUUGAUAAGAAACAAGCUCAACCCAACACGCACGUCCAGUCGAAUGAGUAAACUUAUCCCCCAAGGAACAUUGCAGUUUUGGUUAUUGAUGAAGUUUGACAUUGUAUAUUUGUAAGAUUGCUGCAGGUGUGGGUCAUAUAUACCAUCAGGGCUAUGCUAGAUUUGGACAUCUUUG